CUUAGGCCUAGGUUUCAACUUCCAUAUGUCUAAUAACGAUCCUAGGCCACCGGACUCACCAGAAACUGAACAUGGUGAUGACUCCAAUUUCGAGCUCCCGGCCGACUACUUGAUGUUUGAUGGCUGGUGGGAGGAUUAUCAGGCAUCUGAAUUCAGUUCCGGGUUUGUUGCGAAUCCGGUUAACCAAGCAAAUGAAGUUAGUGAGGCUGGAGGUAGCAGCAGCCAGCCCUUUGCAGGACCUAGUAACCCAGAAAGUGAAGGAGGAAGGAAGGAGAAGGAAGUAAGGGAAAGAUUUGCAUUUAAGACAAAGUCGGAGAUUGAGAUACUGGAUGAUGGAUACAAGUGGAGGAAAUAUGGGAAGAAGAGGGUGAAGAACAGCCCAAAUCCAAGGAAUUAUUAUAGAUGUUCUGUAGAAGGGUGUCCCGUGAAGAAAAGGGUUGAAAGAGAUAGAGAGGAUCCAAGUUAUGUGAUUACAACUUAUGAAGGGAUCCAUAACCAUCAGAGCCCUUCUUAGACCUUGAUGUUUUCUUAAGUUUAGUUAUUUUGAAUAGUAAUCUAGUGUUUCCUUAGACGUUCCUGCAAAAACUUUUGCAACUAAAGGCCAACGUCGACGUCUGGAGUUUAAAGUGCCGGACAUGAUCUGGAGUUUUGUAACAUAAUGUUUUUCUCUUGUAUGAUGAAGACAACUAAGAUUCAUAUGAUGAUACAAUGAAUGGUUUUGCGGGAA